GCGAGCUCGUUUACUGGUUCCUCCCUUUGCCCCUCUGCCUCGUCGUCGUCGUUAGUUGGCUACUAUGUCGAUACCCCCUCGGCCCCUCCCUCCCUCUGCGGAGCGACCCAGUCCCCUCGCUCCUGGAUCUUCUUCCUCCUCGGCCGAGCGCCGCCACCCAUCACGCUGCCGAGCGCCCAUCGUCUUCCUCCUCGCGCGAGCGCCUCCACCGCAGCGAUGACGGCAGUUUUCUCAACCAAGCAGCCGCUGCAGGUCUCUGCACCUAUAAACAAAUGGCGUCCAAGGUUGCAUCUAGUUAAAAUGCAAUAUUCGUCCAAGAAACGAACUAGUGCUGCCUUGUCCUCAUCAUCCAAUACAGAGGCGACUGAAAUAAUUGAGCCCAUAGUCAAAAUGUGUGGCAUCACAUCUGCUAGAGAUGCAGAAGUUGCUGCAAAGGCUGGAGCUAAACUUAUCGGGAUGAUUCUUUGGCCCAACUCCAAACGCUCUGUCCCUCUAUCAGAAGCGAAAGAAAUAUCCAGAGUAGCGAAAUCCUAUGGGGCUCAACCUGUUGGUGUGUUUGUCGAUGAUGACGAAGAGACCAUCUUGAGAGUAUCUGAUUCAUGCAACCUUCAACUUAUCCAGCUUCAUGGAGAUAGCUCUCGAGCACUACUCCCUGCUCUUGCCAAGAACAACCAAAUUAUAUAUGUUCUAAAUGCUGACGAGGAUGGAAAACUGAUCAAUUCUCUUCCCAGUGAAGAAUAUCCCAUCGACUGGUUUUUGGUUGACAGCGCACAGGGUGGAAGUGGCAAAGGAUUCAACUGGGAGAAAUUUCAAAUGCCAUCUGUCAAAAGCAAGAAUGGCUGGCUGUUAGCAGGUGGCCUUCACGCGGACAAUGUUUGUGAAGCUGCUUCUGCUCUAAAACCAAAUGGACUGGAUGUCAGCAGUGGCAUAUGUUCUCCUGACGGCAUAAGUAAGGACCCGAAGAGAAUAUCUUCCUUCAUGAGAAGCGUAAAAUCUUUGAGUUUUUAAUCAGCGUUCGGAUUCUUAUGUACCUUGCUUCAGUUUAUAAGAAUGUUUGCAAAUAAAACCGUCCUGGAAGGUAGAAAUAAACGAAUAUAACUUGCGUUUUUUACUAUGUUUGACCAAUUAUAUCAUUUGACUGGUUGUAUUGUAUAAGACAUGUCAAUGAUGUGUCACCUAUAAAAAUGCGAGUGUCAAAGCGAUCCUCAA